CCGACUUCCUUUUUUUUACCGAGUCAAGUCAUUUAUUGGCUAAGUCAGACGACUGUUCUCAGAAACGUGUUUUUAUUGGCUGUUCAAAUGGCGUCUUCGUCAUACUCAACCAAAACCAUGUUUUUAAUUGGUUCAUUCAACUGCCAGUCGUUUCCCCUUCAUGUCAACGGUCGAAGGAAUAUGGCUGCCUCCAUAAGCCUAGAAGCAGAUGGAAAUAUCAAAGAUAGCAGCAUGUCUUUUAAGAAAACUUUAAAUGCAGUUCCGCCUCUCUGUCUGAGAAUUGUUACCGAUUGUCCUGUGACUAAAGCAAGAGCUUGUGAUCUUACACUGCCUCACUGCACCGUCAGUACGCCGGUUUUUAUGCCUGUUGGGACGCAGGGAAUCCUGAAGGGGAUCACUGUGGAUCAGCUGGAGGGUCUCGGUUGUCAGAUUUGUCUGGGAAACACAUACCACCUCGGUAUGAGGCCGGGACCUGUGUUGAUAGAGAAAGCAAAAGGUUUACAUGGGUUCAUGAACUGGAAGAGAAAUCUUCUAACUGACAGUGGAGGAUUUCAGAUGGUGUCUCUUGUUGAACUCUCAGAGGUCACAGAGGAAGAAGUCAAAUUCAAGUCCCCGUAUGAUGGCAAAGAGAUCUUAUUGAGUCCUGAGAAGUCUAUCAGCAUACAGAACAGUUUGGGGUCAGACAUAAUGAUGCAGCUGGAUGAUGUGGUCAGCAGUACUGUGAGGGGCCCGCGGGUGGAGGAAGCCAUGCAUAGAUCCAUUCGUUGGCUGGAUCGUUGCAUAGCAGCUAAUAAACAUCCAGAGAAACAGAACCUUUUUGCCAUCAUCCAGGGAGAACUAGAUGCAGAGCUGCGCAAGGCCUGUUUGGAUGAAAUGACUAAACGUGACGUUCCUGGUUUUGCCAUUGGCGGCCUGAGUGGAGGAGAGGAGAAGGACGAUUUCUGGCGGAUGGUCACGCUGAGCACUGACCAUCUGCCACGUGAAAAGCCUCGCUACCUGAUGGGUGUUGGGUAUGCUGUGGACCUGGUGGUGUGUGUCGCUUUGGGAUGUGAUAUGUUUGACUGUGUCUUCCCAACCCGCACUGCAAGGUUUGGUUCUGCAUUGGUACCUUGGGGGUCUCUUCAGGUAAAGCAGAAGCAGUAUGCCAAAGACUUUCGGCCCAUAGACCCUGACUGCCAAUAUCCCACCUGCAAGAGAGUGACACUGCCGCCAUGCAUCACGUCAUCAUUCACAACAUCGCCUACCAGGGUGCAGGUGGAGUUCUAUGUGAACGAGAACACUUUCAAGGAGCGUCUUAAGCUCUUCUUCAUCAAAAACCAAAGAUCCAGUCUGCGAGUGCGAAUGUUUAAUUUUUCUCUAAAAGUGCUGAGCUGCCUCCUCUACAUUGUCAGAGUCCUGCUAGACAACCCACAAGAGGACAGACAGGACUGCGGCAGCGGAGUUAACUGCACCAAACAUAACACAUCAUCCCGUCCCUGGAGUGAGUUUGACUGGAAACUCAUCAUCUGGGUUGACAGACCUCUACCUCUGUGGGCACUACAGGUGCUUGUGGCUUUCAUCAGCUUUUCAGAAACUAUGUUGCUCGUGUAUCUUAGCUACAAGGGUAACGUUUGGGAACAAGUCCUGCGUGUCCCAUUCAUUUUGGAGAUGAUCAGCACUGUUCCCUUCAUGAUCACUGUGAUUUUGCUCUCCUUGAGAAAUAUUUUCAUCCCUGUAUUUCUCAAUUGCUGGCUGGCCAAACAUGCUUUGGAGAACAUGAUUAAUGAUCUCCACAGGGCAAUCCAGCGGACACACUCAGCCAUGUUCAACCAGGUUGUGAUACUUAUCAGCACACUUGUCUGUCUCAUGUUCACAUGCAUCUGCGGCAUCCAGCACCUGGAGCGAGCUGGAAACAACUUGACCUUGUUCGACUCGCUCUACUUCUGCGUGGUAACUUUCUCCACCGUGGGUUUUGGAGAUGUCACGCCACAGAUAUGGCCUUCACAGCUUUUGGUGGUCAUCAUGAUCUUUGUGGCACUCAUCGUGCUUCCCAUCCAGUUUGAGCAGCUGGCCUUUCUGUGGAUGGAGCGGCAAAAAUCCGGAGGCAACUACAGCCGCUACAGGGCGCAGACAGAGAAACAUGUGGUGCUGUGUGUUAGCUGCCUCAAGAUCGACCUCCUCAUGGACUUCCUCAACGAGUUCUUUGCUCACCCUCGGCUGCAGGACUACUAUGUGGUAAUCCUUUGCCCUGCUGAGAUGGAUGUCCAGGUUAGGAGGGUCCUUCAUGUUCCACUUUGGGCUCUGAGAGUUAUCUACCUGCAGGGUUCUGCCCUCAAAGACCAAGACCUUAUGAGGGCCAAGAUGGACGAUGCUGAAGCCUGCUUUAUCCUCAGUAACCGGUUUGAAGUGGACCGCAUUGCUGCAGACCAUCAAACCAUCCUUCGAGCCUGGGCAGUCAAAGACUUCGCUCCAAACUGCCCUCUGUACGUCCAGAUUCUCAAGCCGGAGAACAAGUUCCAUGUCAAGUUUGCAGAUCAUGUGGUGUGCGAAGAAGAAUUUAAGUACGCCAUGCUGGCUUUAAACUGUGUGUGCCCUGGCACCUCAACUCUUAUUACUCUAUUGAUUCACUCCUCCAGAGGACAAACGACACCCCAAGAGGCCUUCAAGCAACGUGCAGGAGCAUUUCAAGCCCUUAACAGGGAUGGUGGCGCAGGUUCAUCAGACCAGUGGCACCGAACAUACAGGCGCUGCUCAGCCAAUGAGGUGCAUCACAUUCGCCUGGAAGAAAGUAAAUUCUUUGGAGAAUACCAAGGAAAGAGUUUCACUUUUGCCUCCUUUCAUGCACACAAAAAGUUUGGGGUCUGUUUGAUUGGAGUACGCAGACUGGACACCACAAACAUCCUAUUAAACCCCGGGCCCUACCACAUCAUGGGGGCUUCUGACACAUGUUUUUACAUCAACAUUUCUAAAGAGGAGAAUUCAGCAUUUGUCAGAGGUCAGAGGGAACCGUCCUGGGGAGGCACAGGUGGAAAUUCAAGAGGAGUCCACCAAAGUAUCUACCAUGGACUCACCCGCCUGCCUGUGCACAGUAUCAUUGCCAGCAUGGGCACAGUGGCCAUUGACCUGCAGGACUCCAGCGACAGCAGCCCCGAGGGCCAGGACCCGGGCAGCACAGGCAUCGGCAGUGGGAGAGGGAGCAGAAGUAGCUCCAGGGCAGAGAUGGGUGCUGCAAACACCUUGGCUCUGCCUGCCAUGGGAGAUUCAGCGGAUGAAAGACGACACAGCAUCGCACCAGUCCUCGAGCUAGUGGACGGAGUCAACAACCCAACCUUUGACCUGCUGGGGGAGCAGUCUGAGGACGAAGGAGGAGAGGAAGGCAAGGAUGACGGUGACAAAGAUGAAAGCGGAAACUGGUGGGGUCGACACUGCGAGUGGGUGAAGGGAUACCCGCUGAACUCUCCAUAUAUUGGUAGCUCACCUGCACUAUGCCAUCUUCUUAAAGAAAAGAUGCCUUUCUGCUGCCUGCGCAUGGACAAGCCUUGUCCCCACAUCCAUUUUGAAGAUGCACGCUCCUAUGGCUUCAAAAACAAAUUAAUCAUUGUGUCUGCGGAGAGCGCAGGAAAUGGUCUGUACAACUUCAUUGUGACACUACGGGCUUACUACCGAACAAGGAAGGAGCUCAAACCCAUCGUGCUGCUGCUGGAGAGCAUACCUGAAGCAGACUUUCUGGAAGCCAUCUGUUGGUUCCCAAUGGUCUUCUACACAGUGGGCUCCAUAGAAAAUCUGGACAGCCUGUUGCGAUGCGGAAUCACUUUUGCCGACACUAUGGUGGUGUUCGACAAAGAGAGCUCCAUGAUUGCAGAGGAGGACUACAUGGCUGAUGCAAAAACAAUCGUUAAUGUCCAGACACUAUUCAGACUGUUUCCGGCUCUUAGCAUCAUCACAGAGCUCACACAUCCUGCAAACAUGCGCUUCAUGCAGUUCAAAGUCAAGGACCACUAUUCCCUGGCUCUGUCCAAAUUGGAGAAGAAAGAAAGAGAGAAAGGCUCCAACCUGGUCUUUAUGUUUCGCCUGCCAUUUGCUGCCGGAAAGGUGUUCAGUGUUAGCAUGCUGGACACUCUCCUCUACCAGUCAUUUGUGAAGGACUACAUGAUCUCCAUCACCAGGCUGCUGCUCGGUUUAGACUCUAUGCCUGGCUCAGGUUUCCUCUGUGCUAUGAAAAUCACAGAGGACGAUCUGUGGAUUCGAACCUACAGGAGGCUCUUUCAGAAACUAUGUUCCUCCACUGGAGACAUUCCUAUAGGCAUCUACCGUACAGAGGCCCACAAGCUUCCAGUGUCUGAGUCCCAGGUAUCCAUCACAGUCGAAGACUACGAGGACACCAGAGAACCCAGAGAACUUCUCUUGUCCCGCACUGGCGCUCACCGUAACUCCACCUCCUCAGAGCCCAUCUCCACCUCCUCCCACUCCUCUGACCACCCACUGCUCCGGAGGAAGAGCAUGCAGUGGGCGAGGCGGCUGAGCAGGAAGGGAGGUCGGGGAUUGAGUGGAGCCAAAGGUGGUCCAGGCAGUGCGGCAGAGAGGAUCAGCCAGCAGAAACUGAAUCUGUUCAGGCGCUCAGAAAGACAGGAGCUCAAUUCACUGGUGCGAACGAGGAUUAAACAUUUGGGCCUUUCUCCAACUGGGUUUAAUGGGAUGACAGACCAAGGCAACAGGCUGUCGUACAUUCUCAUCAACCCCUCUCCAGACACCAGGCUCGACCUGCAUGACGUUGUGUACCUGAUAAGACCAGACCCCCUCUCUCUAGUGCCCAAUUAAGGAAGCAGCAGAAAGUGCAGCGCUGGACUAUCAGAGAGCCGCAGGUUUGAUACACAGGAUAGCACACACCUGUGAAGGAGAUAAAAAGGACAAAACUCAGAACACUGCCAAGAGGACAGGACCAACAUCAAUACAUUCAUGAAGGAGAAAUCCACAGAAGAAAGAGAUGGCGCAGAGCCCCUG